AAACCUGUUUGGCAUUGCUGUUCCACCUGUGCAGCGGUUGCAUCAAAGAUCCGCUUUAACCCUCUGUGGUUGCACGAAUGAUCGUAUGUCCCAUGACUAUUGAAGGCAGAGUUGAAGGAGUGAGCCAGACAUUUUGAGAAAGCCUGGGAUGGUUCUGAAAAAUGUAGCCUACCAGAUUUUUCACGAAAGGUUUGCUCAGGUCGUGAACACUCUGCAAACAUGGCCUUAAGAGUCCAGAGUCGAUUGUCUCUGGCAGAGGUGGAUAAAGGCCAGCAGCAUGUCAUGUUUAUCAUCAAAGGGGGAGCCAGUCAGAUUGCUCACCGCCGCUUUUCCGAUUGGGAUGCUGUGGGCAGAGGAUCUGUGCUCUCAAGAGUGAGGACUGAUGCAGACUUUCAUAGCUAUGCACGGGGAGUGACGGAACACUUCUGGUUUGAUAGCUUCAUCAUGUUCAGCAUCACGAUGAAUGCGCUCCUCAUGGCCCUGGAGACUGACUACAGGAUUAAAUACGCAAUGUUCAAUAUCUUUGAGACGUGUGACGAAUUUUUCAUGGCGAUCUACACCAUGGAAUUUGUCAUGAAGGUGUAUGUGGAACCGGUGGAUUACUGGAAAAGCGGAUAUAACGUCUUUGACGCCGUUAUUCUAUUCCUGUCAUUCAUCCCUUGGAUCACGACCCAGAGUGGGGGUACAAGCUCCUUGUCCUCCAUCAGCGCUUUCCGCGCGGUUCGCGUUCUCCGCGUGCUGAAAACCGUGUCUUUUAUCCGUGGUCUGCAGGCCCUGACAGCUGCACUCUUGAAGACCAUGAAGAGUCUGAUGUAUGUACUGACCCUCAUGCUCUUGCUCAUGUUCAUCUUUGCCGUCAUUGGCCACGAGUUCUUCGGGGAACCUGUCGUUGGAGACCCUGAGCACUGGGGCGACAUCGGCUCUGCCUUCUUCACACUCUUCUCUCUGGUUACGGUGGAUGGCUGGACAGACCUGCAGAGUAAUCUGGAUGACCUGGGGCUGGUGAACAGUCGGCCCUUCACCAUAGUCUUCAUUCUGCUCGGAUACUUCAUCCUCUUCAACAUGUUCGGAGGCGUUGUCAUCAUGGAGAUUCACCAUGCUACUAAGGGCUUUGAAAACGAGAUCCAGAGUGAGAGGGAGACGUCUCUGGCCCAGAAGAAACAGGGAGUCCUCCAGAGGCAGAAGCACGAGAUCAGAGACCUGCUGCGCGCCCAGAAAGGGAUGGACAGUAACUACUCUGCGCUGGUGGGGAAGUUCAAGAGGUCGCUACGGCACACCGACAUUACGCUGAUGGACGACUUGUGCACCUCCACCUCCUUCAUAGACAUCUACAUGACCUCACUGGACUUACAGGAUGCCACCGUCGAGAGACUGCAAAAGUUUUACGCCGAGACCCUGCUGGUCCUGUCUGAUUUGCUGUCGGACGACCUGGUCGAGGAGGCCGACAAGGAGCUGAGCAACAAAAAGCUGGAGCUCCCUGCAUCCCACAAGAAACACUGAGAAGUGAACCACAUGCCUCCACGUCGCAGGAGAUCCUCCUCCUC